GAGUCGGCAGGAGGGGGAAACAUCAUGUCAGCUUUAUUCCUUUUCUUCAUCUUCAGCUGCCCACGCACACAGCGACUCUGAGGCCAAAGGCGCAGCGCAGUCACUGCGCAUCUGCGUCCUCUCAUUUAGUUCUGCAGAUCCUGGCUCAUACUUAUGGUCUUCUGAAAAUCCAUCACCAUCACCAACCUUCACCUCCGCUGCUCCUGCUACAGCCCCUGGAGUGUGUGGUCCAUCCUUGUCUCCACCUCCUUACUCCUCCUCCUCCUCCUCCUGGUCCUGGUCCUCUCCGCCGUCCGGUAGCCAGGAUGGACAAGUCUGUCUACAGUCCGUGCCACGGCUCCAACAAAACAAACUCACCCUCCACGGAGCGUGGGAGCUCAUCUUCCAGGAAGACAGUCGUCGGUCGGACUGGAUCUAACAGUCCCACAGCUGGUUCUGGUUCUGUGUGCGGCCCGGUCGGAGCAGCAGGAGGUGGAGGAGGAGGAGGAGGAGGCAGCAGCAAGCGAGGAGCAGUGUUGGGAAACAGCAUGAAUUUUCCCCAGCAGCAGCUGCAGCAGCGCAGGAAGCAGUUGGAAGGAGUGCUGAGCAAAUACACCAACCUGAUCCAAGGCUGGCAGAACAGAUACUUUGUCCUGGACACAGAUCUAGGGCAGCUUCAGUAUUUUGUCAAUGAGCAGGGAAAAUCCCAGAAGCCUCGUGGGUCCCUGCCUCUCAUUGGUGCUUCUGUGACGCCCAGCGACGAGGCGCCGCACAUGUUCGUCGUCAACUCUGUCAACGGGGAGCUGUACAAACUCAGAGCUUCUGAUGCCAAAGAACAGCAGUUUUGGAUCACUCAGCUUCAGGCCUGCGCCAGACGACACUCGGACAGCAGCGCCAAGAUAAGGAAGCAAAAGGGUUCAGAUGAACACCUGAGUAUAGAGAGGUCGGGAGGUGGAGGUCAAGAGGUCAUGGGUUACUCGUCGGCUGGUCGGACACGCAGCUUCUCUCUGCUCCCUCACCUGACGCCAUCUUCAUCCCCCGCCCCCCAGAGACCCCCAGGCCACGCCGCGUCACCCAGCACCAUCGUCACCAUCACCCACCACAAAUCACCUGCUGCAGCUCGACGGAUCAAGAGUCAGUAUCCAGGUCGACUGCUGGAGGUCAAAGAAGUUAUGUCCCAGGCCGAGGGCCAACAAAGAAACCUGGUCCAGUCCAUAGACUCUUUACCCACCAAAGGCCCCGUCUCCUGUCUGGACCAGGACCUCCUCCUGCUCAAAGCCACGUCUGCUGCCACGCUCAGCUGCCUGGGCGAGUGCCUGAACAUCCUCCAACAGACCCAGAACCACAGCCAGGCACCACCACCUCAGUCUCAGGCCUGCCAACGCAACCACACAGCCCCUGGAGCCCCCUCCGAUGGUGCUCCUGUGUGGACUGUACCAAAGUCGCCCUCUGCAGGGGAGCAGCUGAAGAACGGAGGCGUGACUCCUUUGCGAUCAGCCGAGCCCUCGCCGGCCCUCAGGAUCAGGAGUCAGUCCCGUGGUGCUGAGCACCACUCCGGGCUUGAAGACAUCAGCCCCAGUGAGGAGGUCACAGACAUGGAGGACAAUGAUGAGGAGGAUCUUGGUGUUUUGGAUGACCAAAGGAGCGUCAUUCUUCACCUGUUGUCACAGCUAAAACUGGGCAUGGACCUCACCCGGGUGGUGCUCCCCACAUUCAUUUUGGAGAAACGAUCACUACUGGAAAUGUACGCCAACUUCAUGGCUCACCCUGACAUGUUCCUGUCCAUUACAGCUGGGUCCACUGCAGAGGACAGAAUAGUUCGUUUUGUAGAGUAUUAUCUAACUGCCUUUCACGAGGGGCGCAAGGGAGCAGUUGCCAAAAAACCCUACAACCCCAUACUGGGGGAGACUUUCCACUGUUCCUGGGAAGUGCCUAAAGACAAGAUCAAACCUAUGGUCAGAUCAAACCAAGGUUCAACCCGGGAGCCAAACAGGGGCCCCAAUAACUCAUCGCAGUGUGAGGACUCACAGAGCGGGUUCUACAGAGUCAAGUUUGUGGCCGAGCAGGUUUCCCAUCAUCCACCAGUGUCUGGGUUUUAUUGCGAGUGUCGGGAGAGGAGGACGUGCAUUAACGCUCAUGUGUGGACCAAGAGCAAGUUCAUGGGAAUGUCUGUGGGAGUGUCCAUGGUGGGAGAAGGUAAGUUGCCUUAGAUUACUUAGCUAUGUCCAUUU